AUGCCGGUCCGCCUUUUCCGCGUUGUUUCCAUGAAGUACGGUCUGAUUUUCGACGGCAAGGUUAUGGUUCCCGAGUGCAUCAACGAACACGCUAAGAAGACCGACCCACAAAACCAUGGCUCCCAAACGGAAGCAGGAAACGACUUUAACAUCGCUGCCUAA